GCGGCGCCACCCCUUCGCCCCGCCAGGGGAAGAAAUGGGAGCCUCUUCUUCCUCAGCGAGACCCUGCCGGGACGGGAGGCCUCUCGCGUGAGAGGAAUCGGCGCCCGCUGUCCCCGGCGGCUUGGCACCGCCGCUCACAGGGGAGGAAGCGAGGCCAGGGUGCAGCUGCUGGGCCGGCCUCGGGCUUCUCAUUGUUGAGAGAUUGUGGCGGGGCGGCAGCCGCGAAAGGAGGCGAGCGCCAGGCGGCCAACCUCCCCGCUUCGAGGAGAAUCUAGCCACCCUGCGCAACGACGGUGGCGUCAGGAUGGCAUGAUUGGAAAGAAGAAGAAAAAAAUAAGCUGGGUUGCUGACACAACAUGGAAGAACCAUUCACUGUGAGUUCCUUGAAAAAGCUUGCAGCUUUUCCUGACCACACAGAUAUCUCCUUGAGCCCAGAGGAGCGUGUCCGUGCCUUAAGCAAGCUUGGCUGUAACAUCACAAUAAAUGAAGACAUUACACCCCGACGCUACUUCAGAUCUGGAGUGGAGAUGGAGCGCAUGGCUUCUGUCUACCUGCAAGAGGGAAAUCUUGAAAAUGCCUUCGUCCUCUACAAUAAAUUUAUAACUUUGUUUGUAGAGAAGCUGCCAUGUCACCGAGACUACCAGCAAUGUGCAGUUCCAGAGAAACAGGAUAUUAUGAAGAAAUUGAAGGAUGUAGCAUUUCCAAGGACUGAUGAAUUGAAGAAAGAGUUGUUAAAGAAAUACAAUGCAGAAUACCAGGAAUAUAUGCAAGAUAAGAACAAAGGCAAAGCUGAGUUAUUGAAGAAACUGGAGCAAGAGAAAUUAAUUGAGGCGGAAAAGAAGCGGAUUGCACAGAUCCGUCAACAGCAGCUGGAAACAGAACAGUUUCAAUUCUUUGAAGAUCAGUUAAAAAAACAAGAAAUAGCUCGUGUUCAGAAAACUAAGAAUAAUUUGGUUACAUCAGAGCCAGCUGAUGGGAACACAUUGUCGUCUGUUGCACACCUGAACAAUACUUUCCCCAAAAUAAUAGCAAACAAGAGUGAUGCCUCUGCUAGUCAAUCUCCUCCAAUCAGUCGGGCCUUAAAGCCAGCUGCUACCUUAAGUGCCGUUCAGAACCAUGCUGCUGAAGGACUGCGAAGUGUGGUUCUACCCAGUGAUCUGUGUCACAAGUUUUUGCUGCUUGCAGACGCAAACACCGCAAGAGGAAUAGAGACGUGUGGCAUUCUCUGUGGAAAACUGACUCAUAAUGAAUUCACUAUUACUCAUGUAAUCGUACCAAAACAGUCUGCAGGACCAGACUAUUGUGACAUGGAGAAUGUGGAAGAGCUAUUCGGUGUUCAGGACCAACAUGAUCUUCUCACGCUGGGAUGGAUCCAUUCCCAUCCAACCCAGACUGCGUUCUUAUCCAGUGUUGAUCUUCAUACGCAUUGUUCUUAUCAGCUGAUGCUGCCAGAGGCCAUUGCAAUUGUUUGUUCACCAAAACAUAAUGAGGUGGGAAUCUUCAGACUUACUAAUGCUGGCAUGUUGGAAGUUUCUGCUUGUAAGAAGAAGAGUUUUCACCCUCAUACCAAGGAUCCUAGGCUAUUUAAUAUCUGCAAACAUGUCAUUGAAAAAGAGAUAAAAAUAACUGUGCUGGACCUGAGGUGAUACAGAGAGAAGAAUGCCUUUGGUAAAACAUAUGGCCAAAGGAAAACAAGGCUGCCAGGUUUUCCUAGUGUUUUCCAAGUUACUGACAUUUUAUAUUUGUAUGUUCUGAAUUUAACAAUUUGAUAUUUAUUGCCCUUUUCUCAUUUUGAAGUUAUUUCAUUGUACAGUAAAAAUGAAGCUCACGGUGGCAUUCAGUCCGGGUAUGUUAUUUUAUUGGAAUAAUAUGACAAUAAAGUGAACUUGACACAAUGACAGUCUUGACCCCUUUGCAAUUUUUUUUCUCCCCCCUCCUCUGGAGUAUAUAUGAUUGUUUUCCUGCCCUAUAAGUAUUCUAAGGGGUGUCUAAGUGUGACGUGUGAAUGUUUGCAGCAUGUUUAAAAAUACACUAGCUAUAAAAUAGAAUAGGAAAUAUGGGGGGAAAAAAACAGACUCACUAACAGGAGCAAAGCAGAUUCUGCUGAGAAACACACAGAAAAACUGCUCAAAUAAUAAAGUGAACUUUGAAUGUGUGAGCUCACAAACACCAGUUCCUUCUAUUCAAUUAGCUUCAGUCCCAAACACCUGCUGCAGCAUUACUAAAGGGCCAGUGUUGCCUCCCUAUAAAUUCACUGUAGAAGCAAGAACCUCAAAAUAAUACUGAUUUUUUUCUGAGUCAAAGCAGGUAGAAGUCAGAGGGCAUGGAGAACUGAAAACUAGAUAUAACCAGAGGACUUAGGGAGGAAUGGCAAACAAUUCUACUUAUACAUAAAUUACAAUGUGUCUAAGUCUUAAAUGUAAAAAAUAGCUGCUAUCUUUAUGUGUUCUCCAGUGGAUGAUUAAAAUAAGGACAAACUUCCUUUAAUCAAGGUUCAGGUUUUUCACUAUUGAUAGACCUUUAAUGCAAAUAUCGACUAGUAUAAUGUUGAUCUGCCAUGUCUCACUCUUUUUCCAGAGGAGAAGGAAUGCUAUUUACUCCAAGUAGAGUAUGAAAAAGUUGAGAUUUAUUAAUAGAAAUUCAAAGCACCUGAAAAGCAUGUUUACAAUUCUUUCCUCCUCUG